UUUUAGCCUUACAGUUUAAAAAAUUAAUUAAUUAGGUUAUUAUUAUUUUAUAAGAAGAGAGAUAUUGAUAAAAACAUCAUCUCCCUGUUCUAGUUUAAUACAUAAUUUAAUAUUAAUGAUUUCAUUGACCCGCUAUAAAAUUACGAAUAAAAGAAUUUUUGUUUAAUUUUAUAUUAGUGUUUAUGAUACAGAAGAGUACUCUUACAAAAUACUUUUAUAGAGUUAAUAAAACAAUAGUUUCUGUUAAACGAUAUCAAUAACUAAAAUUUCCGGUAAUUGAGUGUAUCGUAAAAUUAAAGUAGAGGGUCUUUGAACCUCUUAAAUGCUGUUAUAUAAAAGAAGAACUCAAGAACAGUAAACAAAGUCAAUAUACAAAUAUAGAGUGGAGGAAAAUGUUGUGCUUUAUGAUUCUCUUUGGGCUCAUUGUGAGUUCUUAUUGUAUACCUUGCUCUUGUGAUAAAAAAUCGUGCAAACCUCUCACAAAUUGCAAAUUUGGAAUGGUUAAGGAUGGUUGCAAUUGCUGUCAAGUAUGUGCCAAGGGUGUUGGAGAGAGUUGCGGAGGUCGUUUCAACGUUCAUGGAAUUUGUGCGGAUGAUUUAGAAUGCGUUUAUUCACGUUCUCUUACAAAUUUGGAGAAAUUAAAAAGAGGAGGCACAUGUAUCGGUGCUUAAAUAUCUUCUAACAUCGAAGAAUAACUGUAUUUUUUAUUUUUAUAUUCUUUUUUUAUAUUCCUCUAUGAAUAUUUGAUUGCUAGCAAUUUCCUAUAGAGGUGU